CUGUCGGACACGUGAGAGAUGGCGUCCCCGGCUCACGAGCUCACGCUGGUCGGUCUGUGUGACGCAGAGAUCGACUCUCAGCGACACCGGUCCUCGUUCCGGACCAACAAGGUCGGGGGUCUCCCGGACUGGCCCCCGGGCGUCUUCCAGAAGUCUCCCCGCUGCGGCCGCUGCGGGGUCCCGCUGGCUCACGUGGUGCAGGUGUACUGCCCCCUGGAGGCCUCGCCUUACCACAGGAACCUCCACCUGUUCGCGUGCACGCGCGCGGCGUGCAGCGGCAGGUCGGACUGUUGGAAGGUGCUGCGCUCUCAGUGUCUGGAGGGGGAGGAGGAGAGGCGGACAUCCUGCGGGCCUCCCCCGGCUCAGGAGGCUCCUCGGUCGGCCUCUGAGUGGUGUGACACCGCUGAUGACUGGGGGAUGGAGGAGAAAGGAGUGAAGGAGGCAGCAGCUCCUCAGACACAAGCUGACGAGACCGAUGUCAGCAGCCGGCUUCAGGUCCUCCGUCUGGUGGACUCGGACCCGGUCCUCCGUCUGGUGGACUCGGACCCGCAGCAGGACGUCCCGGUCCUCCGUCUGGUGGACUCGGACCCGCAGCAGGACGUCCCGGUCCUCCGUCUGGUGGACUCGGACCCGCAGCAGGACGUCCCGGUCCUCCGGGCGUUCUUCAUCAACGUGGUGGAGGAGGCGGAUCUGUGCGGGGAGGAAGACGAGCUGCAGCACGCCCGGCGGCUGCUGAGGGAGUACGAGAGGAGGGAGGGCGUGGCGGUGGGAGGGCCGGAGGGCGGCGAGGACGGCGGCGGGGGGGGGGAGAAGUACGAGAAGACGAGAGCGAGACACGGAGACGCCGUCUUCUCCCGGUUCAUGAAGAAGAUCUCGCUCUGUCCUCAGCAGAUCCUGCGCUACUGUCGCGGCGGGAAGCCGCUCUUCGUCUCCGAGCCGCACGGCGACGCGGUGGCGCCGCCGUGCGGCUCCUGCGGAGGAGCCCGGACGUUCGAGCUGCAGCUGAUGCCGGCGCUGGUCAGUCUGCUGAGGAGGAGGGGGGGCGGGGAGGAGGCCCAGCUGGAGUUUGGGACGGUGCUGGUUUACACUUGCAGGAGCAGCUGCUGGAAAUCGGGACCGGGACCGGGACCGGCUGUGGAGGAGUUCUGCUCGGUUCAGCCGGACCCAGACCAGCAUCUCUUUAAAUGACCCGGUUCAGGUGGUCCUCAAAGAAUCACUAUUCACCCUUAAGUUACCCGCUCUGACCUUUGACCUCUUUGUAAGGAGUGCCUUAAAGGGACAGUUGUACUACUAGAAGCU